CGCCUCAUUCGAAUCAAAUCUACGAGCGCCAUGUGCAAAACGUCAAGAAGUGGACUAACAUAAUGAGAAAAUUGACUUAAUAUUCACUAAAUUGGGUCUAUCCCACGAUAAUAAUGCCUUCACCUGCGGCUCCAAACACAGUUGCUCCAAACGUUGGAUUGGAGAUGCUUGAAACUGCAUCAAAAGAGGUUGAUCGACAGCUUUCCGCGGAUCGACAAUAUCCGGAACUGACAGAACUUUUAGGGGUCACGUCUCAAAACUCUGUCUCGUUCAGCGGCGUUAAUGACUAUGACUACCCCUGCCUGUCGUCACCGUCAGUCAGCCUAUCAGGAAUGGAGCUCAUCAGUCCUGUCAAGAAGGUCCCCCUUCCUGCAGAACUUGUUGAACAGUUUGAUCACAUGCAAUGCAACUGCAUGAUGGGGCUUUUCCCUGAGAUCCGUCGCGCUUGGCUGACUGUUGAUAGUGAUAUCUUUGUUUGGAAUUACGAGGAUGGGAGUGACUUGGCAUACUUUGAUGGUCUGAGUGAGACCAUAUUAUGUGCUGGUCUUGUCAAGCCCAAACCAGAAAUCUUGAGGGAUUCUGUGAAGUAUGUCUUAUGCCUUACCACUCCUGUCGACAUUGUACUAUUAGCUGUCACCUUCACACCAAGAAGCCGAGGAGCAUUGCCAGAAGACGGGUUUGCUGAGAUGCACCUUCAGCCAGACCCACUGUUUUCAAUCCCUUCAGACAAUGUGUACAUGACAUGCGUCACUGGGACUAUUCUUGGUCGGGUGUUUACUGGAGGAAAAGAUGGCUGUGUUUAUGAAAUUGCAUACCAGGCUAAGAACAGCUGGUUUCAGGGAAAAUGCCGCAAGAUCAACCACUCUUCAAGCUUGUUCUCCUACCUUGUUCCUUCAUUUCUCAGUGUGUCAGGGGAAGAUCCACUGUGUCAGUUAGCUGUUGACAACACCAGAAACAUUCUGUACUCAAGAUCUGAAAAGGGGACAAUUCAGGUGUUUGAUCUAGGAGCUGAUGGCUGUGGGAUGAGUUAUGUAGCCAGCCUGACCCAAGACAGCAUUGCUCACAAGGCUGCUUCAGCCACAAGAACUGCUGACUACAGUAAUUUCAAGCCUAUUGUUCACAUUGCACCAGUAUCUCAGAGUGAAUCAUCAUACAUUCAACUAGUAGCCAUAACUCAAGCAGGUGUGCGGCUGUACUUCUGCACGGUCCCAUCAAGAGAAAUUAAUGGCCGCCCCAGUCGACUCAACCUGGUACACAUCCGCAUGCCACCUGGCUUUGCACCCUCUGCAACCUCACUAAGGCCAUCUCAAGUACAUGCUUCUUUCUAUCGUCAAGGGAUGACAAUACUUUCGUCAGCGCAGACUGAGGACACUGAUGUAUUGUGGGCAAUCAGUUCUGACCCCUUUCCCUUUCAGACUCCCUUAAAGGAAAUGCAGGUAACUAUCCCCCUGGAUGGCCGUACCUGGGCAGUUAGUGAAGUCCCUGACUUCUCAUCCAACUUGGUGGCUCCCUGCCCUGUUUUAUCAGACCGCUGGCCUGAGCCGCCCAUCGUUGUCAAGCAGCAUGCCCUCCCUCAGAGGUCAUUUGUGGUUUUGAGUGCACAGGGUAGCUAUUUGAUGUCAAGUUACAGGCCUGUGGAACAGCUCCAUGAGCUUUUGAUCACAAGUCAGGGGUUUGACUCAGAGGCAGUGCAAGCAUUUUUUAAACUCCACAAGGAAGGCCAAGCCUGUGCCAUCGCUCUUGUGCUGGCUUGCUCCACACAAGCCACUGAUCCCCAAGUUGCAGAUUGGGCUACUAGGGCCUUCUUCAAAUAUGGUGGUGAAUCACAGCUGUUGCACCAACCAUUAUCUGGACCAGGUGACAUUGUCAGCGGUCCAAAUAGCUUUGGUGGCAGCUACAUCAGCUCACCUGGACAAAAAAGUGAUGUGCAGCCAUUUGGGCAGAGUUACGUCACCUCUACACCCCAACCUGGAGUUACAGGAAGAGCUGUCUUUCAGCCGGAGGUCACCAAGUCUGGCAAACACGAUGGACUCUGCCUCUACGUAGCUAGGAUACUAGGCACGUUAUGGGAUAGUCGUCUUGCAUAUGAAGAGUUUGCGGUACCUCCCACUCCAGCUUAUACUCAGCCCCCAGUUGUGUUCAGAAGUCGCUUCACCUGUGAGCAGCUGUCAUGGUUCCUUACAAAACUACGAGAACUACAGAGUUGGAUGGAAAAGAACCUUCAAUUUGUGGCACCAUACCAGGACUCCAGCUUUCCUCACAUGACAUUGACAGGGGGGCAGCAGGUCCUGCAGCGAUCCCAUCAAGCCACUACAGAAGCUUACCUAGCUGAGCGCAGAGCUUUAACAAGCCUUAAACACAUAGUGGACAGAUCAUACGAGGUGAUAGGCCUUUGGCAGAUCAUUUGUGAAAGUGGUUUUGAGUCUAGUGUGGAUCAGAUGGACCCAGUUCAGAAGGACUGCAUGCGAUACAUGAAGUUCAAGGACCUUGUCAUUAACGGACAUGAGGUAUGUAGUGGGCUGAUCUCGGCUCUCAUGAACUGCUAUCUGGAGGACAGUAGCUCCACAGAUGCCAUCAGUGAGCGGCUGCGCCAGUUGUGCCCCAGUCUCUACAGCAGUGAUGAUGCUGUCUGUACCAAGGCUGGGGAGCUACUUACUCUUGCAAAGAAAACAGUCAACAAAGCAGAGCAGACUCACCUACUUAAAGAUGCAUUGCAGUGCUAUCGACAAGUCACUCAUCAAAUUAAUCUUGAGUUGAUUUGCUCUAUACUUGAGUCAGUGCGGUUCUAUGAAGGUGUGGUUGAACUAGCCCUGUAUGCAGCGCACAGGAGGGACCCUCAGGGGCAUGCCUUGCAUUUCUACAAGAAUGGGGAAUCCCCAGGAGACGUGCAGGGGCAAGAGGCAAUGAUAGCAAGACACCAGUGCUAUAAGUGCAUAACGGACUGUCUACAAAGACUGCUGGCUAUCAGGCAAUCCUCGGCCCAGUCUCCCAGUCUGCCAUCACGGCCAGGUCCACCACCAACACCUGAUCCAAAUGCACUGACGCCAAUUGACGCUGAGAAAUAUAUGGAGCUUACACUUACCCUAGCCCUCUCCUCUGGGGAUGAGUUGUGGCACGUCUCCCUGUACCAGUGGUUGAUUGACAAUGCUUUGACAGACAGGCUACUAGAGAUUAAAUCCGUGCACCUGGAGGCCUAUCUCAAACACAAGACUGCAGCACAGUAUCCUAAUGAUCUGAAGAUGCUGGACUUGCUAUGGCGACAUUACGAGAAAACGAAGAACUACGCGGCAGCCGCCAGGAUACUCUCUAAACUCGCUGAGAGAGAAAGCGGUGAUGUGAGCCUUGUUCAGCGGUUGGAGUACCUUUCACGUGCCAUCAUGAGCGCCAAGAGCAGCAAUCUGCGUACAAGCAGUAGCAAGGAGGGGGAGUUCUUACACGAGCUGGAGGAAAAACUCGAGGUUGCGCGCAUUCAGUCACAAGUGUACGAGGCUCUGUCUAGACGGCACGCAUCACGGCCAUCACCUCAUCUCCAAGACGCCCUCAAUCAACUCAACAACAGACUCGUGGACGUCACUACGCUCUAUGGUGAAUACGCCGAUCUUUUUUCAUUGGCUGAGUGCAAGUUGGCUAUCGUGCACUGUGCCGGCCAUUAUGAACCCACCCUGAUUGAAACACUAUGGCGAGAGAUCAUCGACAAAGAGUUGAAGGAGUCCAGCAGUUCGUCGCCGAGUGACCGCAUUGCCCUCAUCAGUAGCAAGAUGGUGGCCCUUGGCAGGACAUACGUGCACUCCGAGAGAUACUUUCCGCUCGGUGCUUUGGUGCUGAUUCUUGAGCGAUACAGCGCCGAGCUGGACUGGGACCCAACCUGGGUGUUUAUGACCAUGUUAGAGAUUGGCAUCCCGUUUCCAGUCCUCCACGGUAUCUAUGACAGAAUGUUCAAGGCCAAGGAUCCUUGUUGGCAAGCGAUUAAUAAGCCUCUACACGUUCUGGAAGUGAUCUACCAUCUACUGACCAAGUACCUCGACACACCCUCGCUCAUGGCGCCGUAUGAACGGCCGGCCUUCACCACAACUCUGUACGACGCAUGCGCAACCUAUCUGGUGGAGCUCGAGUCGAUCUGUUCACGUGAUGGGACCGUGCAGAACACGCUGGCCAAGUACAAGGGACUGCAGGCGUCUUUGAAACGCCGCUUAUAAGUGACGUCGUCUGUGCAGAGCAAACCCGGAGCCAACCAUGCCACAGGGACCGCUCAACGUCUGACACAGGCAGCCCGAAUAUGUGUAUGAUAAGAAUGACACUCAGAGAGACUUUGGCAUGACUGAACACUUCUUUCAUUCCUUAUUAGGACUAGAACCAACAGGUGAUGGAAUCUUGGAAUUAGUUUCGAGCACAAGGGAUAAAAGUCCUCCUUCGGGUACUUUUAAAGGGGUUUCAGUGAUCACGCCAGCCAAAGUUUUCCGAAUAAAGUCUUCAUUGACAAG